AUGCCGUUCGCUCAACGGCGCACCCUUAAAGUUGAUAAGCUUCAGCGUGCAGAGGAAAGAAUAAAAGGCAACGUGUGGGACAUUGAGGCGUGGAGUGUUAUUUUACGUGAUGCCCAGUCGAGAAAAAUUGAAGAUGCGCGCGAAUCAUUCGAGAGGAUUAUUGCCCAAUUUCCUACAGCGGGUCAAUAUUGGAAAAUAUACAUCCAGCAAGAGAUGAAGGCAAAGAAUUAUGAUCGUGUGGAGAAACUUUUUCAAAAGUGCCUUGUUAAGAUUUUGAACAUAGAUUUGUGGAAGCUUUACUUACAGUAUAUUAAGGAUACAAAAGGCAAACACCCGAAUUUCAAGGAGAAAAUGGCCCAAGCUUAUGACUUUACCUUGGACAAAAUGGGUCUUGAUUUGAAUUCUUACUCUAUAUGGGCUGACUAUAUUGCAUUUUUGCGAUCUACCCAAGUGCAGGGCUCGUAUGCGGAGAGUCAAAAGAUAACAGCUACCCGAAGAGUCUACCAGAGGGCAAUCGUCACUCCAAUGCUGGGCAUUGAGACGGUCUGGCGGGAUUACUGCAUGUACGAAGAUUCAAUCAAUCCACACAUCGCAAAGAAACUAACUGAAGAACGCAGCCGUGACUACAUGAACGCGCGCAACGUUACUAAGGAGUACGAGAUCAUGACGAAAGGCCUGUCAAGAAACAUUCCCUCAGUACCACCUCAAGUAACACCACUUGAAGUCAAACAGGUGGAGCUCUGGAAGAAGUACAUUCAAUGGGAAAAAGAUAAUCCUUUAAAAACUGAAGACAUCACCACGAUCACUAAACGAGUCAUGUUUGCCUACGAGCAGUGUCUCCUCUGCUUGGGGCAUCAUCCUGAUAUCUGGUACGAAGCUGCUAGCUAUCUAGAGCAAGCUAGUAAACUUCUCACUGGAAAAGGGGACCAAGCGAUGGCUUCGCAAUUCGCCGACGAUACGGCGGCAAUGUACGAAAGGGGUAUUAAUUUGCUAAAAAAUAACAUUAUGCUUUAUUUCGCCUAUGCGGAUUACGAGGAGGGUAGGUGCAAAUAUGCCAAAGUUCACAGCAUUUACAAGAAACUCAUCUCCAUGGAUAACGUCGAUCCAACUCUGCCGUACAUUCAGUACAUGCGGUUUGCACGUCGCUGUGAGGGCAUUCUGUCAGCGCGCCUGGUCUUCAAGUUGGCUCGUGACGAUCCCCGUGUUGGUUAUCAGGUCUUCGUGAGUGCGGCUCUGAUGGAGUACUUUUGUAGUAAGGAUAAAACAAUUGGACAGAAGAUAUUUGGACUGGGCAUGAAGCGCUUCGCAGGCAACUCCGAUUUCGUGCUGUGCUAUGUUGAGUAUAUGUCUCAUCUCAACGAGGAUAACAACACUCGAGUGCUUUUUGAACGCGCUCUGGGGACCGAUGAGAUCCCCGCCGAACGUGCUCGAUCUAUCUGGGCUCGAUUCUUGCAGUUCGAACUUCAGGUUGGUGACCUUGCCAGCGUUCAGAAAAUUGAGAAACGUCGACUCAAAGCAAUCGAGAAUGUGAAGGAAUUUCAAGGGCGCGAAACAGCUCUUUUGAUUGAUCGUUAUCGUUUUCUAGACCUCUUUCCCUGCUCUGAAUCGGAACUGAGGUCACUUGGAUAUCGGGAGUUGGCAAAGCUUAAUGUGACCGGUGCAGGGGGCGCCUUCUUGCAUUCGGUGGGUUCAGGUGCUCCAGGUGAGGAUGCACAGGGUGGCAUCGGCGGUAGCGGUUCGAAUCAGUCGGCCCUGCCGCUUGCUGACGCGGGCGACGGAUCAAGCAUCCUGUCUAGCGGCGGCACAAAGCAGCCCACAUUCCCACAGCCUGACUUUGCGCAAAUGCUGCCCUUUAAACCAAAGGCUUACCCGCGUACUGGCAGCCACCCUGUUGCUGGUGGCGAGUUUCCUCCACCCCCUGCUGCCUCCGCUCUCAUCCACAUGCUGCCCCCUCCCGAGUGCUUUCACGGGCCCUUUGUGCAGGUGGAUAAGUUCCUAGAACACUUCCUCAAUCUUGAUAUACCCGAGGACUACAUCACACAGGUGAUGGCAGAAUCGGAAGACUUGGCGAUGACCAACAUUGAUGCGGGUACUGCAAUUUCCAUCGAGAUGUCCAACGCGGCACCACAGCAAGUAUUUUUGGCAGCGGCAGUACGUCGACGCAAGCAGCUACAACAGCAAGAUAAUGUGGUGGCAGGGAGGAAGCGCUCCGCCACAGCAACCACUAACGCCUUUGGGGACUCUGAGGAUGAGGCGGAGCCAGAAGAGGAGGACGAAAAUGACUCGGCUUUCAACGACGAUGCCGAGGCUGGUGGUAGCAGCGGUGGCUCGAAUGUCACCUCAGGAGUUCUUGACAUCUUCAAGCUGCGACAGACUAAACGCCAUAAUGUUGCCUGA